AUGUAUGCGAUUGGCAUUGCGGCACCUUACUGUAUGCCAUCACAUUUCAUUGUGGCUAAAGUUGUGCCAGGACUCCAUCGAAUAUCUCCCAGUCCUGUGGUCCAUGUCAGGGGUCUGUGUGAGGCUGUGGUGGAAGCAGACCUGAUAGAUGCCCUGGAGAAGUUUGGACCCAUAUGUUAUGUGAUGAUGAUGCCAUUCAAACGUCAGGCUCUAGUGGAGUUCUCAGCUGUGGAGAGUGCUGACCGCUGUGUGUCCUGUGGAGCGAAGGAGCCAGUAUACAUUGCAGGCCAACAGGCAUACUUUAACUACUCCACAUCCAAGAGAAUCACCCGGCCUACCAAUGCUGACAACCCCAACAGUGGCAACAAGGUCCUGUUGCUGUCCAUACAGAACCCCCUCUACCCUAUAACCACGGUAAACACACAUGCAUACACACACGUACAUUUACAUCUACUGUAUGUAGAUGUAUUUAUGUAUUGUUAUAUUGUUAGUGAAUACAGCUGAUUAUCAGCACAAUAUUAACAUUAACUCUACAGAGGAAGUUAAGUUGCACUACAUAAUAAUAAUAGUGUAACUUUUACAAUAAAAAACAGAAGGGAAAUAUAUUCAAUGUAAUGGGUUAAUCUGCAGCUAGUUUCAAGUCCCCACCAGUAAAUUCUUAAUAGGGAUAGACUGA